AUGUUACCUCCACCAUCACCGGCGCUCAGCGCUUCCAAUUCACUUGAUGGCAUAGACGACCUGGACGCAUUUCUGGCUGCUCAAGGGUCACUUUCGCAUUUCCCGACACCGCCUCUGAAGAAGGAUCUGCUUGUCGAAGUCAUAGAUGUCUUGGAAGAUUUGGCACGGCGUGACGAUAUCUCUGUAGAUUAUGAUCACAUCUCAUCCGUCUUCGCGCUUGAGGUCAGCCUGGUCACUGACCCAAGUCCCGUGGAUAUCGCCGCCAUCCGAGGUGUGCUCGUGCGAGCUGGUCUUCCUGUGGUGCUUCUUGCUGUGGCUUUCAACAUUCUGGCUGCUCUCCACACGACCGAUGAUAAUACCAAGGACCUGGGCGAUGCGCCGCCAGCCCUUCGCGUGGUCGCCGCUCUCAGUCUUGCGGUGUCAUACUCCUGCGAUCAUACACCAAGAGCACAGUGGUGGUCUUACCAUGUCUGCGACUGCGCCUGGACUGCAAGCCGCAUCGACAAGACCAUUAUGGAUCUGCUUGUUAUGCUGGACUUCCGGCUCCAUUUCAGCGCUGAUGAGCACAAGCUUCAGGAGGCACGGCUGAGACUGAAUGUUGACGCUGCUCAUGGCGCUGACAAGCUCAACGAACGUCCAACGGACACUACCGAGUUCGCGGCAAAUUACUCCUUGCAGCUUCUUCUCGAUGGCACUUCAUCUCUCUGGCAACAUGGCCAGCUUACACCAGACUCUUGUUCGUCGCCCAUCGCAGACGAUUGUCCCCUACCGUUGAAGGCCUGGGUCCCGCUUCUCUGA